AUACAAACAACACAUACACAAACUAGAAUCAUUAAUUUUGCUAUUUAGCUUUUCCCACCUCCCUCCGCCCAGUCCUGAACUGAAAAUAUGUGUGGGAAACUAGCGCUCAAAAAACAUUCAAAUUUCACUCGCACUUCUAUUUCCGUGGCCAGACCACUCGCAGCGGCAGCGUACUCACAAAAUCUGCCGCUCAUUUGGCGCACCAAGCAAACCAACUAGGUAACCAACAACUGUUGUAGCUACAAACAAAAAGUCAACAAAAAAGAAAACGAAAGAAAAAAAUAGCAAUAAAUGUUAUUAAUGUCGAGAGCGCGACCAAAACAUUGCCCGCAUUGUACAAUUCAGUUCAAUACAGCGACUCUCCGUGACGUGCGAGCGAGCGGGUGAGCUAACGAUCGCGCGCCGUCCGCGCACAAGAGCAAACGAAGCGCGAAAUUUUUCAGAACUUUUCCCUUUAACUACUCAAAAUUUUCUCUGUGGUUUUCGAAAACAAAUCGAGUGAAACAUUUUUCUUAUUACGCGUAUGCAAGCACUUACAUAUGUGCAUAUGUGAAUUUCGAAAAAGUCAGCUACGACCGAUGUUGCUAUUGCUGUUAUGAAAUCGACUGAGUGCGUGUGUAUGAGUGCCAAAUACCUAGAAACAAAAAACCAACGGCAACAGUUUUCUAAAAGCAUAUCCAAAAUUUGGUUUCCCGAAGCCUAAAAGGCAACAAUAUUGUAUGCAUACAUAACAUACAUAUGUACUAUAUGUGCGACAUUUAGGGAAGUGCGCGUGCCCAAUAAUGUCUGGCGGUCCGUCCGCCAGCAGCAUGAUUAUCCGUUGUAUGCUCACCGCUCGCCGGUCGGUGGUACUUUGUUGAACGCUUAGAGGCUAUCGCUCAGUAUUUUCACAGACCUACAGUCGAACAGAAUGCGUCAACGAUUUUCGACAACCGAAACGAACAAGAAGCAGCAGCGUAAAUAGCAGCAACUGCAAACGAAUUAGCGGAAAUUUUGAAAUACGCAAUACGAAUUUCAAUUGAUUGAGCAAACUUUUUCAUACGCAGCAAAUUUCAUUAAAAUAAUUAUUUUUUUCCUGGGCACCCGACCUUAGUCACCACAAAAUUACGCUGAAAAAUCACCGCAACGCAACCAGAACGAGAACGUGCGCGGUUGACCCAAUUGUCAUAGUGGUAGUAGUACUGAGACAUUUGUACACAAGGCGCACAUUUUGAGCACGGGCCAAAGAAUUAGUCAAUCAAUAGUGAUCGGCAAUCGAUCGCGUUGAGUAAGAAACAAGUGCAAUAAAUAUUUAUUUGUGAUAUAAUGCCAAAUUAUCGCCAGAAAAACAAGAAACACAAGAAUAAAAAUCGUCAGAAGAACCAACAACAAAACCAAACCCAACAACAAGAUAAAAGUAAAAACCAAAAUCAACAAGAAAAUCAACAAACCAGUCAAAGCCGUCAGGAAACCGGCAAAAAAGACAAUCAAAGUCAGAGUCGAAGUCAACGAGAGCAAUCUAAUCAGCCGCAACCACCGAAACCACUAAAAUCCCCAACACCUACUGCCAACCUUUCACCUCCGCUUGUCACAGAAGGCGAAGCAAACUCUACACAACUGCACGCGAGCUCACAAGAUGUGCGGAAAGUAGACUCAACCGCUCCUACUGUUGCGUUCGUCCAGUGUGACAAUUUCAAUUCGAACGAUUCCGAUGCUGCUACUGCACCCACUACCAGCCACCAAGCGAUCAGAACCGCAGUUGACCGCGAAGAGUGCAACCGAGUGGAAGAUGCAGAUGCAGAUGUAUAUUUUUCGAAAUUAGAUAAUACGGAAGCGGCACACAGCGAAACAGUGACAAGUGCGGGUGGAGUGAGCGGUGUGAUAGACUCUGCGAUGGGUAAUAAAGAGUCAAAAACAUCCAUCAAAGGUACAAAGAUGGCAACAACGGCAGAAACGGUAGCAGCAUCGUCUGAUUUGCGCGGCAUGACCAGACCAGAUCGCAGCAUACUCGGUGCCAGAGAGUUGGACACGUUGCAACCAAUGUCCAAAACGCAAAUGGCUAAAGUGAUUGUGCACCGAAUAGCACGAGAGGCAAGUGAAGAGGAAGACAAGCACAAGAAAAAUGGAGACAUUGACAAGGUCGAACAAGUGGCGAACACUGGCGACAAGUUGCACAGAAGGGUCACUGAGGUGCCGGACGGGUAUAACGUAGAUGUGAUACAUGAACAACAAAAGCAAUCAACAAACAUACAGACGGCUGUGAAUGGCAGACAACUUGCACAACAACCAGCGGACGGUGCCGAUUUAGCACGCAAAUCACAGCAAUCAAAAGUGAUCAUACAUAAGAUCGAAAAGGAAGAGGGGGAAGAGUUGGCGGAAAAGCAAUUGAAAGCACAGCCGAAAUUCAUCGUACAGAAUGAGCGAACGAGCAAAGUGGAUGCUAAGAAAUCACAGUCCAGUGAAGGUGCUAAAGUCAUCGUGCAUAAGAUAGAGCGGGAGAUGGGGAAUCGGGAAGCGACCGCCAGUGUCGUCGUACAACAAGCUAUUCCUGAUCAAAAACCAACUAUAACCGAAGCCAUCGCAGAAAGUACCAGCACGACAGGUAUGUGUAAUCAGCUAAACGAUGAAGGUAAAGUCAUUAUACACCACAUCCAACAAUACACCGAAUCAACAUCGCCUCUCAACUAUCAAGUCGAACUGCCUGAUGCUGAUAGCCCCACAUCACAACUGGGUAGGUCCAAACAAUCGAUACUCAAUAAACAUGUCGUACAAAUACAAGAGCUCAGCGAUGAAAGCUCCAGCGAGUACAAUGACAACCCUCCAUUAAUUAGCGAAGCCGAGUCGGAGACGGAAUCAGCAGCUGGCGCAUGCGCACUGGACUAUGCGCAGAGCAUACGCACAUUAUCACCCGAUUCCGAUGAUAACUACGAGGUUGCAUGUAAGCUGCCCGCCACCCCAAGUCAGGAACAGCAGGACUUAAAGCAGCGUCGCGCACAAAAACGUGUCGCACUAGAAACACAUUUUCUGCCCCAGCUGCUAAGUCCGCGCUAUUUGGACAGUAUUAUUGAGGAGAAUAGCGAUAUGAGUGACACACGUAGUGAUUGUUCUGAAAAUCCGCUGAUGACAACACUCUCCGGUGACGAUUUGCAUGACCCAUCAGUGGCAAAAGUGCGUAAAGCCAACGAGAUAUUUCCGCGCAGCAAUCUGGACUUUUCCCGGCGUCAUGCAAAAAAGCAGCUUGGCGCGUUGCCAAAAAAACCCUCACCGAUACGCGAGGAGCCAGUAGCCAUGGUAGUGGCGGCUAAGAUAAUCGACGCUACAACACCAGCACAAGAAAGUUGUAUACGUUUGUCCAGUGAGCACACACCCGAAUCGGAAGCAGCUGAAGUAAUAUAUUUGAGUAGCUCGGCAUCUAGCAGCCUAUCCGAUCUAGUCGAGCUCGAUGCGGAGGCAGAGGGCGAUGAUGAGCGGGAAGACAGCUGUCGUUCAAUGAUCGACCUCGACACGGACGUGCGAGAAAUCAUAACAAAACCGGUCAGCGAGGAGCAAGUAGCCAUCACAAACAUACUAAGUGAUAGCCGCGAGAGUACACCUGUUAAUCAGGCAUCAACAAAGCUGUCAGAAAAUAAUGAAACGCAAAAAAGUAUUGCAAUUAACAAUAGAAGUGUUGAGCAAAUAACGGCAGCCACUAUUGGCACAAAUAUUGACACUAACACAGCGAACAUCGCGAUCAUUAAUCCCAUCGAAAGUAGAAUAUUUGAGAAUUUGAAAAGCUUGCAAUUGUUAGCAGAGCCAAGUGGUGAGCACACACUCUCCUCCGGUGGUGGCGCAACAACAAUAGCAUAUAACCGCGCGGCAACCACUACUAGCGAGUCGGAGACGGAGACCGAGAUGAGCUCAGAGACAAUAACGGAGAGGUGUGAAUAUUUGCGCAGCUCGGAUACUGGCGGUAGCAGCAGCAGCCUGAAUAGCAGCAUCGAAGUGAAAUAUCCGCCAGCCACAACUGCGACUAGUGAUAGUUUAAACGUUGACCCAGCAGUGCUGCUUAAAAAUAUUGAAUUGGAAAUGAAUAGCGUGCGCGAUAUUCUAAACUCACAUACGGUAGAACCGAAUACAAUAACAACGUCGUGCGGGAAUGCCGUCGAUACGCGUUCGAGUGAAUUAAAUUUUGAUCAUAUUAAUAGUGCACAGAAAGCUUCGCCCUCGCCUCCGCCCAUACCACCACCACCCACCAGUGCUAGUGCUAGUGAUUUUCAUAGUGAUUUUACAGGUUCUCAAAUACAGCAACAACCACUGUCGACAGCUCCACCACCCAUACCCACACGCGCCAUACAUGAAUCCACCUAUGUUCAAACACACACAACAGAACAAAAGAGCCCACAAACAACAAACUCACUUUGCUCCACUAAUCCCGCUUUGACCUCAUUGUCCUUGCUCGCUCGCCAGGAAUCCGCCGAGUCCCAUUGCUCCGACAGUACCCAACACAGUCAAUGCACGGCCAUCAAUGUUGGCUCACGCCCACAUACAGAUAAUGAGAUGACGCCACCACUGACAGCAACCUCCCCCAUUUCAGAUGAACAGCAGCAACGUCAGUACAAUUACUGGAAGAACACAGAUGGAGAAGACAAUGCAUCUCAGCUUCCCACUAAUAGCGAUUUGAAGCAGUCGAGUGACAAAAAGGAUGCAUCCAUUAAAAAACUACGUCUACUAUGCACCGAAACAUUGGCAUCCAUGCCGUUUGGCGAAGAAGUGCUUGUAGAGCUGGCCACAGUAGCGCAGAAUAUAGGUGAGUUACAAGGAAAACCGCCAACGCAAACACAAGAGCAGAAUUUGGUAGCGCAACAAAAGACAGACGGCACUAUGCCAUACCCGCUGCCCCAGUUGCCGCACAUAAGCGAACUGCAAUUGUCGAUCACGGACGAGCAACCGCAUACAAGUGCGCCAUCAUCGACAUUGCAGCGCACAACGCCGAGCAGUGCCACCUCCACAACUACUACCCACACAGUGGUCAUUAAACAGCUCGGCGGUCCGGAAGACAAAGAGCGUGAUCUCACCACUGCGAAAGUAAGGCAUUCACCAUCACCUCCACCAGUGCCGGCACCUCCCUCGCACUACAUCGAUGCGCCAUGGCUAGGCAUGCCAACGUCAGCCGAUCCAAAUGUGCUGGUUUGUCUAUCGCCCGCGCAACAACAGCAGUUAACAUCUCCUUCCUCACAGCAGCCACCAGUUGGUGCCCAGAAGCAGACCGAUCAACUUUUGGAUGCGCAUCGGAAAUUUCUGGAACGACGUGGCUAUCAUGAAUUCACCGAAGAACAGGUGAAAAAAAUCAAUACUGAACUGCAGCAAGAGGAGCAGCAGAUAUUGAAAACGGCAGCGUACAUGAAGAAAUUACGUAAAAGCCUCACGCCACCACCGCCACCAGUGCCACCACCGCCAGUGCCAUCGAAGAGCUCCGAAACGGCGGCGAAAGCACAAAGUCAAGUAAGAACAACAUCGACUACCUCGUCGAUCGGGUCGAGUAUAACUAGCAGCCAGCGCGUUUAUGACGCAACAAAUUAUAGAAAUGCUAAUGAGCAAACAACAGCCACUUUCGCAAAUGGAGAAGAGCAACAUCAGCAGAAUCAAACGAACCAGUCACAACCACAGCGCUUGCUAUUGCUAAGACAGAACAAUGGCGAGGCAGCUGAUGCUGAUGCUGCUGUUGUUUCCGUCGCUGGCUCAUCAUCACAACAACAGGCAUCAUCGCUUGAAAAUAACUCAAGGCAAUCGAGUGCCGCUGCUGCUGCACAGGGUGGCGCACCAGCAGCUGAAAGAAAGCAGCCAGCCACCAGCGUCGAUUCUCGCCAGUAUUCAAACGCAAACGCGUCCGAACCAACCAAUAUUAGAGCGUUCGAUUCGCACGGUGGUAAUAAUUACGCAAAUAGCAGCUUUCCAUCAGCCUCAGGCAAAAUGCAAAGUGUCGAGAGUGAAUUGGCGAAAAUGUUUCCAUCCAUGGGUUCAAGCAAUAUUUUCGAUAGCAAUCGUAAGCGCUUCUCUAAUAUAGAAUCAUCUACAGCAUCGCCUGGUGACACCUACUGCGUCCAACUGCAGAGUACGCUGCCUAAGCGGUACUCCAAUAUCGAGACGCGCUCAUAUGAAGCUAAGAAACGCAUAGAGAAUGGACAAGUCGUCUAUGACUACAGCAAUUCCCAGCACGAGCGGCAGUCGGAUGGCGAUAAGUCCUUGGAUAGCGCAUCCACACCCUCUUUGCUGCAUUUCCCCGUAAAGGAACCAUCCAAAGAAACUUUACAAUAUCCCUUUGCUGGCGAUGGCACGUCAAGCAGAAGCGGAAAUAGUGAAAUUAUGUCAGCAAUAAAAUUAAAUACAACAGAGAAUGCAAAAACAACCACCGAAGAAACAAACGAAAAAGCAAACGAAAUAAACAUGACAAAUUUCGCCUACCCUGGCGCCACCACAUCCACAACCAACACUUCUUUUGCGAGCUCAUCCCACUUCGCCGAUCAUUCGUUUGGCGGAGCAGCGGAUGCCACAAAAAGAGAAGAUCAUAUUAAAAAUAGCCAAGCGAAUGGUGGCAGUGUGGGUCCAUCCUCAAGUGGUGGUGACGGCAGCGGCAACGCUUAUGAAGAAUUUAGGCAACGUGCCAAAGCAACAGCGGGCGCAUUUGGUGCUUUUAGUGAGACGCCAGCCACCGCACCACCGCUCGGCGAAAGCAAUAAGCAUUCCGCUUUCAAUUUCCAACAUGACAAACUGUUCAAGGACUUUGAUGCUCUGUCGCAACAAUUAAAUAUGGAGCUCGAAGAGGGUAAGGCGCACCGCCAGCAGCGCGAAAAGUCUGCAUCACUUUACGAUCUCAGUCGUACACAGUGGAAUUUCAAGGAUCAUUUCGAUCAGCUGAAGAAGCAACGUCACGAGCAUAUGCAAGAGUUGGAACGCGAAAUUGAGCGUUCUGCGCGCUCUCGUCAAUUGAAGGGCUGGGCAAAUGGUGGCAACAAAGACGCAAAUAAUCCGCCUGCUACCGGACGCACAUAUGAUAUACCCAUACAUAUUGAACAGCGCAAUGGCAAUAAUAGCGUGCACUCCAAUGGUUAUGCGCAAGCUACCUCCGAUAGAAGCUCAAUGCCCAGGGAACAAACACAACAACGUUCAUACCACAUACCCAUUGUAAUGGAGAAUGGCGCUGCACCUAAGGUGCCACCAUCGCCAGCACAAUAUGACACAGUAGAUGAUGCAUCUCGCUUCCGACGUGCUGAAUCUAUGUUCAAUCUCUCAGAGAACACACAACGUACACAGCCGCAAGCACAACAACCGCUUAACAACUACGAUCGCCCGCAAUCUGCUGCUGCAGAUGAUUGGGCACGCUAUGCCAGCGACUUUGGCUCAUCCGAAAAUAUCACGCGUCCUUUCGCGCGUGAGGUGGAGAUUUGCUAUCAGCGUCAACGGCCACGUACUAUACGCGCGCCACGGCUUUCCGCUUCCACCAACGAUCUCUCGUCCAACUCGCAGUACUUCGACAACUACAACGCUUACAAUGUGCGCCGCUCGCAUGCGCCGUUGUUGCAACCUGUGGCACAACAGCAACGUCCACACCACGCUAGUUGCUACUCAGUGCUCGAGCGCGAUCCUAAUCCUACAUACAUAAGCACCACAACGCGACGUGGCGUCUCACCAGCACCAGUAUCGCCUGCCGUGCAAUCAACUACGCAAGAGCCGCUCUACAGUCCGCAUGCGCCAGAGCGACAGCGACGUGCGUCCUUGCCACGCGAAAUACAGGAACAACAGCUCAAAUAUAUCAGUAGCAAAGAAGAAGAGUUGCGCAUGGAAUUUGAUCGCCUACAGAAUGAACGACGCCGACUCAUGGAAGAGUUGAAUAAUCCGCCAGCUACACUGCAAAUGCCACAGCAUCCUAUGCGUGACAUAUACCGGCCAGCGCCAAAGUUGCCCACACUCACUGAGGAUGAAGUGUUCCGUCAACAGAUGGCCGAAGAGUGGCUGAGUAAGGUGGCUGAGCGCGAGGAGCGGCGUUUGCAGAAGAUAAUCAAGAUUUCUAAGGUGAACGAGACACAACAGGGACACCAACCGCACGAACCGCCACAUCCCAAGACCGACAUCAGCGAUGAGUUUCUCAAGCGUGUGAAAGAACGACGCAACAAGUUGGCUAUGCCGCCCGAUAGCGAUUGGGAGAGCGGAGCCGAGUCGCAGCCAGUUGCGCCAGGACAUGCGAGCGAAAGUGAUGCAGAAGUGCCGCCAGUAAAAGUGAUUGAGGGCAAGUCCGAGACAGAUUUGCGGCAGUUACCGCGUCAUCUACGCGAAUUCGCGCGCUUUUCUAAUCACAAUGAAGAGAAAAUCGACGGUGGCCAUAGGGUGGUGCAUCAGGAGGAGGAGCGUAGGCAAGAGGCGAAUGCGAAUUCGAUGAGUAGUGCAUUGAAGAAAUCAUCUGUGGUGAAAACUGUGAAGAUAGCAAGACAACCGGAAAUCAUGGGCCAGCCUAGUCAAAGGUUGCCAGCUAGUGUGCAACAGCAACAGCAACAACAACAGCAACAACAACAACAAGGGCACAGCCGUACGACUAGCGGCGGCGAACAGGCAAUCACACGGCGCAGUCAUACGAGUAUUUCCACUUCAACGUCAACUAAUCGCAGUAGUUACGAGACGCGCGCCAAACUGCAGCACAGAAGCACCACCGGUGAUGAUGGUGUUGUUGGCGUAGGUGGAUACGGUAGAAGUGUCGAUGGUCAGCAGUGUGCAGCAUCGACAGCCAAAAGAAAUGCUGAUCAUCACCAACACUCACACUCCCCACACCAUCACAAUCAACAUAACCACCAUCAUCAUCACCACCACCACCCCUACAGCCACGCGCACACCCACCAAGCGAGCAAUAGUUACAGCAACAGCCGGCCACCAGCGCCGCAUAUGCGCACCUGCAAGAAAACACGCUUCCUGCUGGAGCCGAAUCGGCGCAGUUGGUCCGAGAGUGAUCUGCUCAAGGAAAUCGACAGCGAAUUGAAGUUGGCGAAAGGCUUCCUCUAUGCAAAUGAGCAGACACCAUCGAGCAGCAUGUUCACACCGAAAUUCAAAGCGACCGCGCCAACUGGCUCAGGCACCUGGACACCCGGUACCCAAACACCCAACAACACAUCGUUCAACAACCUGAACGACAUACAUCCGAAGGUCAGCACGCCCACACCACCCCCACCGCCAGCACCACAACAAUCUGCACAGCCACCCGUUUGGACGCCUCAGCCAUCACCGAGCAGCGGUCGCAAAGAAUUUCGGCCAGUGCGUUUCGAAUCGCCAACACUGCCACGCCGUUACGUCCUGCCACAGACCAACGAAGGAGCACCACAAGUGGCACCUCCCUGGUGCCAGAGUACCGGUGGAACGACCACCGAUGCGGACAGCUCCUACGCAGCACCCUCUCCACGCUCUGCCUACAGCUAUACGAAUUUAAGUACACCAACGACCACAAUCGGCUCGACAGGCAGCACCAACUACUGUGACUCCAUACCGUCCGAGUCGUCAUUGCUCAAUCACGUGGGCACAGGACCAAGUCAGAGUGUUGCGGAUAAAAUCAAAACAUUCGAAAGAUCUGCUUCCACAUCGGCAUUAUACUCGCCAGCAGCGCGACGCCGACACGAUACUGGUCAACCAUUUUAUAAGCCUAACGAAGUCAUUUUUAAAGUUAAACAUGAGUACAUGAGUGAACCGGAAACGGAGCACGAUCGUCCCAGAAAAAUGGCACAAUUGGGUCGACGCCAAGUCGACGGCAUCGGACCGGUUACCAACGAUGGAAUGCCCAUAAUAUUGAGAUCGGAGGUGAAGGAACCACAUCAGCAUGAAUGGUAUAAACGGCUGUACCAGACGAUACACAAGCAGAAGAGCGGUGAUGAUUACGUGAUUCGCUACAAAUGCCAAAGAGCUCGUCCACAAUUGAAAUCGACUGGAUAUCAAUCAGAGCCCGAGCCCAAUCACGAUUCCGACUACUCCACAGUAAAAUAUCGAACAUUAGAUCGACGACGUUUGCAGUCGGUCUCAUCGGCCACGAACGUUGCGAAUCGCACUACGAAUUCGUAUCAGGACGAUAAAGUAUAUGGUACUAUGCCAAAUCCGAUCAAAUCGGCACCAAGUACGUACAAAAACCAACCUGGUCGCAUAGAAGACUACGUAACAGGACGCUCGUCCGUCUCUGAGAAGGAACGCAAAGAGUGGUGGGACGAAGUGAUGGACAUCUUUAAUGGGGUGUUAAGGGAAUAUCGCGUAAUACCUCGUAUUUUCAUCGAAUUCGCCGAUGAUGUAACCCACUUGGAUCAAGCAAAGCUCUCGCCCCACUACACUGAAGGAAAUCUUUCCAGAGCCUUAGCCAAAGAGUCUGGUUACACGAGUGAUUCAAACUUGGUGUUCCGCAAGCGUGAAGUACCACAAGCCAGCCCACUUAGCCCAGUCGAACAAAAGCAAGCCUAUAAGAGCGUACAAGCGGGCGGCGAACCACCGUUAUUCGGCUUCAGAAAGCCAGCACCGGAAAGACCUAAAGAAUAUUUCGAUUACACUCAAAUCUCGCCAACACUGACCAGAAUUCGUCUGAUCUCAGCGCCAGCUAACGGCACCAGCGACAAUUUUAACGCUAAACGCGAAACAAACCAAGUCACGACGACCCAACAAACGCCACCUCAUUUUACGUAUACCAAAGUUCACCACCAAGCAAAAAUGUUCACGCCAUCAUUCAUUCCGAUUGAUGGCAAGCGGAGCGCCAGAUCAGCUCCUUCCCCACCACAGCCGCCGAAUCGUAAAUCAUCUUGCCAGAAAGUAUCUGCGAAGGCUGGCACACCUGCGCGGCCGCCAAAACCAGUGCCCGUUAUAUCGAAACGUCACGAACAAUGCUUUCAAAGCCCUGUUGAACCUGUGUUGGGCGUCAAUAAGUAUGCAACUAUAACGAUUCGCAAGAAUGGACGCACCAAUGGCACGAUUUGUCGUUCUAAAUCGGCUGGCGCCGUUUCCUCACUGCUGACAGCCACCAAGGUCCCAUCCGUUGAAGCCCCACAAAGAGCGCUCACCGUUUGUCGUGGGAACUCAAGUGUCGCAGAUAGUGUGAAGAUUCGGCGUAUGCAACAGCAUACACGUUUUCGCUCUAUCAGUCCAACGCGUUCGCAAAGCCGUAUUACAGCGCUGCGUCAAUCAAGUCGUAGUCCGGUUGCGUUUGGGCGCUCAAUCUCAAAAGAGCGAACAUUUGCUGAAGAAAAGAAGCGUUUGGAGAAUAGUCUGCCUUCAGGUUUUACAAAUUUUGAAGCCAGUACUAAUAUUUUACGCGAUCCAUCGCUCAAAUCGCCUCAAGAAGUGAAGCAGGCUGUGCGCUCGUACGCCACAUGUGUAGCGCAUCUGCGUAGCAAAUCUCUGCCCCGUUUUAGGGAGGAAGCCAAGCAGGCCGAGAGUUCUACUGUGAGUAGCACUUUCCGACAUUCUACGUGCUUUCCACAGACCAAAAUAUUCGACUGUGCCAAAGCGAUGCGCAAGACAUUAGCACGCUCAAAGAGUCCGCGCCCGAAAACUGUCUCAACUGUUAGUUUGACACGUACCGAUUCAACUUUCUCAGUAGACUCCACACCGUCUAAAAAUGUCAGUAAAACUAAGAUAGUAGCCAGCAAAAAAGUAACAGAGUCAAAGUCUAAGCAGGAGAAUGAGGCAGCUAAAUCGAAAUUGGCAGCUCAACCCACUACCAAACGCAUUGAAACAUCUCCAAAAGGGAAUACAAGUCACAAAACGCAGAAAACGCGCACUGCCUUAAAAUCACAACCAUCGCAGACUACUCACCAAUCACGUGGGGAAGUGCAUACAAUUCCACGCACUGGUUACCAAUCAGUCUCGCUGCACAAAUCACGCAGUCUCAGUCCAAAACGAUACUAUCAGUUAGAAGAGUACAACGCAAGGUUAGACGAUUACGAUGAAGUUGAUCGCAACUAUGUAGAUGAUUUGCUAUGGCAAUAUGAACAUGGCAUAUCUAGAGCCGGCACAUCUAAAGGUGUUCCGACUGAGAGAACUGUAAGGGACAUAGCGCGCCCCGAAUCUCCUACAGCGAGUUUGAAAAAUAGAAAGUUUUCCCCCACACGUGAAAUACGCGUGCCACAAGAACCGAGAAGUUUGCAAGUCGCUCACAGCAAAACGGAGCCAACGAGGGUGCGAACAAAUGGGGUUUGCUCCUCUAGUAGUGAGCGCUCCAGAAAAUUCUCACCUACACGUGAAGUGCGUGUUCACAAACUGCCACCCAGCCUGCAACCCACACUACAGCGCUCAAAGUCUCCAAAAACUGUGCGCGAUAUCGCGCGCCCUGAGUCGCCAGCUAUUACUGAAAGUUUAAGGAAAUUCUCGCCUACACGCGAGAUACGUGUACCACAAGUGCCACAUAGUUUACCACCUAUGUUGCAAAAAUCCGCAUCAGCUCAAACGACAAGGGAUGCUGGACGGAUGCAACCUUCCUCUAGGAAAUUUUCUCCUACGCGUGAAGUGCGUAUACCACAGCAGACCUCUCGCAGUGUGCGCUCACCUUCUAGACGUCGAAUAGACACCUAUCGUGCCAGCAUUGUCAAGGGAGAUAAGUUUGAGACUGGAAAGGUAAUAAGAGCUAGCAGUUUGAGCAGCGCCGACGAUCGCUCCAGGCGGGGGCUCUACCUUUGUGGCGAACUUGCGCAUAGUGCAACCUCGCUUGAAGACUGUGAACGCCAUAGUCCAACCUGUCGUUACCGUAAUAACUCCGAUCGCUUUACGGAUCUGAAUAAAUUCUAUAGCACGCUUGAGCGUGUGGGCCAAUUGGAGCGUGCAACCUCACUGUCUUCUUUCAAGCCGAUACGCAAGGAUGGUGAGCCGUUGGACUUUGAUGAAUGGCGUAGGAUACGUUGCCAUGAGCGCGCCGAAAAGGAAUUGAAUUAUCUAGUAGGUAAGUUAAAACAGGAUCAACGGACAAAGGAUUUUGUUUUUCGUCCAAAGGAUGUGGAAGAUGUAAAGUGGCGUAAAGAGACCGACUUUGGCUUACAUUCUAAGGACAAGUCGGUGGAGGACUUACGUUACGCUUUCGAACAGAAAAAUAUUUUCGCAGACUAUGGACAACAAUUGCGACAAGAAUGUGAUGGUACGCGUGAAUAUGUGCGCCCAUACUGGCGUCGCAACACUGUAGCAGAUUUGGCUUCCAGCUUGGAAGGCAAAAUCCAGCCAGAAAGUGUUGAAUCAACAGCAAUAGAAGAGCUUGCCAAAUGUCAGUUGAGCAGUCAUCUUGUAAGCACGCUCUCCAAAGAUCAGAUAUUGAGGAUUACGCAGCAGUUAAAUGAAAUCUAUGCGAACAAUGCACAUGUAUCCACUGAAGAUUAUGUGAUCACUGUAGAUGCAGAUUCCAAGCGAAGGGCGCCACCGAGUGCCCUCAAAGUCAGAUGCAAUUCGACGAUGUCAAAGGAGGAUCUUUUGCAACCGACGCUAAGCAAAAAACAGGCAAAGGAGACGGCGCCUUCAAAGAGUCAAAGUAAAUGUAAAAUAGGAAAAGAAUUUACUACCGUGGAAGAUAAAUCUAAAGUUACACGCAGUAGCUCGCCAGUAUAUCUGGCACGCGAAACCCGUGGUGCAGUUGCCGCAAAGAAUGCUGAAGUAUUAUUGCCCAAGCCGCCACCAAUACCAAAACAGCCUGAGGCUAAACACAAUUUAGAGCACGAAGGCGGUGCUAUCGCGAAAGUAGUUGAAAGCCGAAAAAUCAACACACCAUACACUGAACCCGAGCCCACGUGCCAUGUACGCUACGAGCAUUGUAAUGGAAAUAUAAAGAUUAAGGAGCCUAAAGAAGUGGCACAUUCUCCCACUGCCAAAGAACCGAAAGAGCAAAUAACACAGAAGAUACAAUAUUUCGAAGAAAAGCAAUAUGAUGAGCCACCAAAGACAAUUUAUCAUGCACGCGAAGACUCAUCGCCUGAUGAAGCCGAAGUUAUGCGAGCCAUUGAGGAAAAUAUGAAAGCACGCACUCGAAAAUCAACGCUCACACACCAGCACAAAGAGCUCAGCACCUCGUUAACCGAUCUGAAAGAUAUUUUUGGUGAACGACAUACCGCACGCGUAAAUUUUCACAUGCAUUCGCCACCCGAGCGCCCACCCGACGUCGGCAGCGCAUCACCUAUAAGUCCGCCACGUGAUUGCAUGGAAGUAUCAGAUGCCUGGUACGAUUUGGGCGAUUUGACGCCAAAUAGCAGCAUUGAAAUGUUAGAUGCCCACUAUCGUUCGCGCAGCCUAUCACCCGAUUCGCAGGCCUCCUCUUCUUAUCUCUGUCGCGUACAUACUGGCGAUGUGCGAAAAAUGAAAGAACAUUUCGAAAAUUUCGGUGCACAUGAUGAUAGUCGGUGUCAUUUUUUUGGGGUUAGUACGCUGAGAAAGGUGCGCAGCGAUCCUGAAUUGAAGCAAUUCGAAACAGGUUCAAAAGACGCCUUAAAAACGGAGUUAGCGGCUGAGGAAUAUGGUGAUGUCUUCUCACUGGCACACAAAUUCGAACAACGUAGUCAGAGCAUGCGUGUGGGUGCGAGUGCGGGACGUGGACGUACACGUCGUCGUGUUAUUUCGCCGAUCAGUGUAAAAGAUCGUCUAAUGCCACACAUCGAUGUAAUAAGUAAAACAGCAGCACUACAGGACACCAAGAAAACUGGUCAGCAACCAAUAAAAAUUAUGCCCGAGCGCAAUUUUGUUGUUGAGCGCAUACGGAGCCAAUAUGAGCGAAGCAUAUCGCCGCCAAAUAAGACACGCAACACUACGAGCAUCUUUAUAUCAAGCUCAAGCCCCAAUUUAACACAAGCGGCCGCAAUUUCACCACAUCUCUCUGCAGACUGGAUCGCACACAAAUAUCCCAGUCCCACACAGAAUGCCUAUAAAGGAAAUGGCAUUGGAAAAACUGAUAGCAAAGAGAAAACAUCAACACGCAUCGCAAAAAUACUUCGAAAAUUACCGCAACGUUCGAGUUCCGCUUCGCCGCCCAGGCCACAUAAGACGGUUCUACAUGGUCGUAAAACUACGCUGUGGAAAACUCAUCGUGGCGACUUCUUCGCGAAUCAACAAUUCGAUCCGAAGAAGCAUCAGCCGAAGGCGCGCUAUGUGCCAGAUGGAGCCGAAGCGAGUGAACGAAAACGAGCCUCUUCGCAUCCGCGCUGUGGAGGCAGUUGUGAAAUACUCAAAAGUGCAAUGGCGGUGUCAUUUCAAGAAUCUCCAAAUCGUUAUCUUGAAUCGGAUGUGAAUAUCCAUUUCAAGACACCAAUACGUCAUGAAUACAAACAGGCCAUGUCGGACGAGGAAUUAGCACAACGGCAAGCCGAACAAAUGCAAAAGCUUUAUCAGGAGGAGCGUCGUCGCAAGUACUUACAGGAGUUACAAGAUAUGAAUGCGCGCCGUCACACAGACAAUUUUACACCUUCACAAAAAUCGCCAAUACCAUUAAAUCGGUAUGAUGACUUCCAAUCGGAUUUGGCACCCAAAUCGCCGAAUACGAUAACGACGCGAACGGCAGCGCGUGCGCUUUAUAACUUCCAAGGACAAAAUGCAAGAGAGCUAUCAUUCAAAAAAGGCGACGUGAUCUAUAUUCGCCGCCAGAUUGAUCGUAACUGGUACGAAGGCGAACACAAUGCCAUGAUUGGUCUACUACCCGUGAGUUACGUUGAGAUUGUAAGCAAGGAAACCACCCGUCAGCAACCAAAGAAACCCUCAGAGGGCCAAGCACGUGCAAAAUAUAAUUUCCAGGCGCAAUCGGGCAUCGAAUUGUCACUUAACAAAGGCGAGUUGGUCACGCUGACCCGACGCGUGGAUGAGAAUUGGUUCGAGGGUAAAAUUGCCAACAGAAAGGGUAUCUUCCCAGUGUCAUAUGUGGAGGUUCUCACCGAUAUCGGUGCUGAAGACAUUGCUGCCCGCACGGUUAUCAGCGAACAUGCGAGCGUCACGAAUUUACGUCCCUCACUCGACACUUUACGCACAAAUAUUAAUAACGAAUUCAAUUUAAUAACCAAAAAUGGUCAUCAACCACCAAAUGGCAUACUCAAGGAAACUAAACAUCACAACAAUAAAAUUGAUGCCCUGCACGUUGAUACGCAUUCAGAGCCUUUAGUAUAUCGCGCACUCUACAAAUACCGUCCACAGAAUUCCGAUGAAAUGGAACUACUCGAGGGGGAUAUCGUGCACGUGCUGGAGAUAUGCGACGAUGGCUGGUUUGUGGGCACUUCUCAACGCACCGGCUGCUUUGGUACCUUCCCCGGCAACUACGUGGAGCGCCUGCUCUGAAAGAGUGCCCGAAAGCCGAUAUGCGUUGGCAAUGCGUUCUAUAAGCAUACACUCACACAACACAAUCACAACAAAAACAACAACAACACUUUAGUUGAAUGAACAAAUUGAAAAGCAAUCAAAGAAAAAAUAAUAAUAAAAUUACAAAAAACAGCAAAAAAAAGAACAAAAAAUCACCAGCAGCUGCAAUAUUAAAAGCCGCUUACAAUUAAUUAAAUUUAAUUUUUGUUGUUAUAUUUUAUUUACAGACUUGUGUAAUAAUUAAAGAAUUAAACAAAAAAAGUAAAUAUAUAUUUAUUUAUAUUCAUGUUGAAAAUAUAACUCAAUAUAUAUUACCUACAUAUAUAUAAUUAACCCCAAAGUUUAAAAAAUAUCUUUGUUUGCAAGAAGCAUCAAGUGGAGUGCUUGUGCGCAAGCAAAAGCAACAACAAGAAAACAUCAAAGGAUGAGCGAAAGCAAAUGCGGCUGCGCGCGAGCCUUCACAUAAUUUACUAAUAAAACUAGUCAAAGCUAUUUCCAAAAAAAAUUAAAUUAUUAAUUUAACAUUUUCACAAGCAAAAGAAGAUGCGAUAUUUGUACACAAAUGGCAAUAAAUAAAAAUU